AUGUCAAGCCAAAGCCUGAAGAAUGCGCUCCAAGCUCUGCAGUCAGCGCUAACAUCCGGCUCGGCUGAAGUUUUUGACCAAGUAAUUCAGGAUGCGGAAGGCUUGUACCGAGCAAUUGACAGAAAUGGCAGAGGCAUGCUUGAAAGAGAAGAGAUCUUUGAAGGCUUGAUACAGCUGAAUUCGGGCUUGGAUGAUGAGUUGCUUUCAAGCUUUGUUGCCUCCAUGGAAAUGAACUCAGAGCAGUGCAUCGAAGUUGGCUCCUUCAUACGGGCUAUGAAUCCAGAGACCCAGGGUACGCUGGGACAGCCUGCAAGGACUCUGUUCCAACAUCCGCGCAAGGAUGAAUUGCUGGCUGUCGUCGUCGCGCUGAAUGACAAGCUGAAGCAGGGAAUCACAAUCUCAGGCUCCAAAGUUAGGGAUGUUAAAAGCUUCUUCAAGGCGCUGGAUGUGGACAACAGCCGUGCCCUCUCACAAGCAGAGAUUUCGAAGGGGUUGAAGAGGUUGAAGAUGCCUAUGUCGGAGAAGCUGUUGCAGGACCUGGUCAAAGCUGGUGAUGCUGACCACAACAGGCGCCUAGAAUCCAAGGAGCUUGUGAAGCUCUUGGACCCAGCUUCCUGGAGUGACCCUAAUGAAGAUCCAGAGGAAGAAGCGGCCAGAAUUCAAAAGGUCCUAAAAGAGGUGACUGGGAAGAUCAAGUUCACAUUGAAGGCUGGAGGACGCACGCUGUAUGGCAAAAGGGUCACAGAUGCUCGGACCUUCUACGAGGCGGUGGACAGAGAUGGAAGCGGGGGCCUGGAGAAGGACGAGCUUUUCCAAGGCUUGCAAAGGCUGGGUGUGACUGUACCCGAACACCAGAUUGUAAUGCUCAUCAACGCGCUGGAUGGCAAUAUGAGUGGCCUCAUCGAGCUUCCGGAAUUGGUGCUCUUGUUCGACCCCACUGCAGAUCCAGAACAGCUGAAGGAGGAGGAAGCCCAGCGUCUGUCCCGCUUGAACGCAGAACGCCAGGCGACGCUUCCGAGCGAAGAUGAACUUCAGCAGCAGUUGACCGACGUGAUUGCCCAGAUCACAGAGCAGAUGCACACUGAGCAAACACUCUUUGGAACUACAAUCAAUGAUGCCAAGAGUUUCUUCAACGCGCUGGAUCAUGAUCGAACGGGUGCACUGGACAGAGAGGAACUCAAGCAAGGCUUAAGAAGGCUGGGAAUAGCUGUGCCAACCUACUUACUGGAUGCUCUUCUGGUGAAGAUGGAUGCAAACCAAAAUGGACUGAUUGAGCUGAAGGAGGUCGCGCGUGCGUUCCGCCCAGAGCCCGUGCCCCUGGACGAAGGCAAGGUGAAGGAGCUUCGCCGCAGAUCCAUCGAGCUGGGGCUCACUCUGCGAGAGGCCAAUGCCGUGUCCCCGGAGGAGCUGCAAGAGCUCCUCGAAGGUGCCGAAGGUGAUGGAGGAUCUCCAACACAGGCAGAGGAUGCUGCGCGUCUUAGGCGGGAGCUGCAGGAGAAGGAGCGUUUGCUGGAAGAGGCCCGUAAGGAAAUUGAAAGGGAGAAGGCACGCCACGCUGCCGAGGAAGCGGAGCGACAAGCUGUGAAAGUGCUUGAGGAAGCCAAGGCAAAGGAAGCCGAAGCCGAAGAGCGCAAAGCAGAGGCUUUGGAAAGGGCCUCCAUGUGGAGAGAAGAGCAAGUGCUGCUGCAGCAAAAGCGCCUCGAGGAACAAAAGGAGCUCGAGGAAAGAACGCGGAUGGAAGCUGAAGAGAUGCAGAUGCGACGAUUUGUCCUGGACAAGGAGAAGCGGCUGAGAGAGAAGGAGCAGCUGGCACGGCGAAUUGAGGAAAUGGAGGAGCGACAGCGGGAAAAACACGCUUCAAGAAUUCAAUCAUUGUGGAGAGCAAGGCAAGUACAGAGAGCGAUUGAGGCACAGAAGAAGCUUGCUUUCGAAAAGAGGCGACAAGAACGUGUCGUUAGACAACUCGAACGAGUGCAGGCAAGGAAGCGUGUGGAGGAGCUUGAGCAGAAGAAAAAAAACAGUGCUGCGGUCUUGAUUCAGAAGCUGCAGAGGGGGAGACUGGCACGGCAACACUACAGCAAGGAACGCCGUGUUGUGGAGAUGAAGAAGCAGAAAGAGGAGUUUGUGAAGCGAGUAGAAUGGGCAGAAGAGAUCAAACGCAAGCAGGCGGCGAUCAAAAUUCAGCGGAUGCGACGAUCCCAGCUGGCCCGUCGCUCUGUCUUGGAGGAGAUUAGACGUCUCAAGCAAGAGAAACUUGAGAGAAAGAGGCAGCUGGCGAUGGACAAGGCAAAGGAGCGUAUCGCCAUAGAGCAAAGGAUUAAGGAGAUGGCUGAGCGUCGCAAGGCCAAAGCGGUGACUGCGAUCGCCAAGGUCUGGCGCGGUUACCAAGUGAGGGUCGAAACAGCAAGAGUGAAGCAGGCCCGUGCCAAUGCAGCGCGCCUCCGCGAACAGCAGCGUGCUGAGGCCAAGGCCCUCAGAAAACGCGAGGAGCGGAUUGAGCAGAGAAGACGAGCUGAUGCAGAAAGGCGCCGCCAGGAGGACCUGGCCAAGGCCAUCGCACGGGACUUGGAGCGCAAGUGGCAGGACAAGGCCGCCAGGAAGAUUCAAGCAGCCAGACGUGGCCAGCUCGAAAGGCGGCAGCAGCAGCGACUGCGUACAUUGGAGAAAAAGCGGAAGCUCGCCGAGCGAAAUGAGAAGGACCGAGCACAGCGGGCAGCUUUGGCAUUGCAGCAGAAGGAGGCAAAAGUCAAAGCAUACAUGCGGGAAAGAGAGAUCCUGCGCAACAAAUGGGAAGAUCUAGAGGAGAAACGGAAACAACAGAUUAUGGAGAAGAUCCAGGCUGUCGUGCGUGGCUUCAUGACCAGACGCAAGGAGAAGAAAGAGAAACAACGCCGCCGCGAGGAGCGCGAUGCUGCAAGGAGAGGACGAGAACUGCGACGCAAGGAGGAAGACGAUCUGCGCAAGAAGGAGCAGCUCCUGAAAGACCUUGCCUGGAUCAACAAGAAGCUGAAGGAGAUGGAGGAGAAGCGCAAGUACCAAGCGGCGGUCCGCAUACAGGCUUACAUCCGUGGCGCUCUCUGCAGAUUCAGUUUCAGGAGGAUGUUAAAAGAGAAGCGAGCGAACGACGAGGCGGAGCGGAAGCGUAAGAAGACGAUGUUGGAGGAGGCAAAGCGGCAACGGAUACAGAAAGAGGAAGCAGAGCGCAAGGAAGGUCUGCGCAAAGAAAUCGCAGCCACAAAGAAAAAGCUUGAUGAGAUGAAGAUAAGGCGGCGGAAGGUAGCUGCCACCAAAGUGCAAGCUGUGCGACGGGGCCAGUUGGCCAGGAGAGAGUACCGCAGGUACAAGGAGGCAAAGCGAAAGGAGGAUGAAGACAAGCAGCGCGAGGAAAGGUGGCGCAAGGACCGCGAGAAGCAAAAGAAGGAGGAAGAUGCGUACUUCGAACGCAUCCGCGAGCAGGAGAAGAUCCGACAGCAGCGGAAGCGUGAAGUUGAGCAUGCGAGAAAGCGCUACGAGAAGUUCCAGGAGUAUCAGCUGACCAGGGCUGCCUUGAUGAUCCAAGCGGCAAGGAGGCUGCAGCUGGCAAGGCGUCGUGUGGUAGAAGAGAUGAAGAAGAUCAGGGACAAACUUGAAGCAGAGCGACAGGAGAGAAGACGACAAAAGGCAAUUGAGAAGGCCAAAAUCGAGCGUCGCUUGAAGGCCAUGGAGGAGAAACGGCGCAACGAUGCUGCCAUGGUGAUUCAGGCCUGA